AAAGAGUAUUGAAUGAGGGAGAUACUAAACGAUAAUGUUUUUUUCUAAUGUAUCUGUAAAGAGCAGUUAAAAUAUAGUUAAGAUCAUAUUUGCUAUGCAGCAAUUUUAUUUUAUUUGAAUGGAAACGGCAGAACUGUACCCAUUCUGUGCUCCUGCUAUUGGACUUGAGAUUGGGAGUAAUUUAACAGAGAGUGGUGUGUCGGAAUCCAUACGAGAAACAGUCAGCAGGAUGCUCAUACAGCCUUGUGCCUGACUUUGUAAUCGGUAAAUUGUCAGAGAAGGAUAAGAAACAUUUAUGUACUUUAUAUUCAAGAAACAUUAAUGGAUGAGUGUGACGUACAUUCACAGAUAAAUUCACUUACUUCAAUAACAGUGUGUAGGCCAGAAAUGUGUCUAGCUUGAAAAUAUGUUGAUCAUGGUGAAAGUGUGGAUUUUGUUAAGGAAAAUGUAUUUUUGUCGUGACUGCAUUUAAUACUGGGUUUGGUUAUUAAGCAUUGUCAUCAAAAAUCUGGAGUAAAAGGUUGAACAUGAAGCUGAUAGCCUGAGCCAGUGUGAUGCUUGCAUUAGGUUUGUGUAACACUUUUUUCACUGGAAUUGCAGUGACAAAACUUUUAGAAAUGGAUGUAUUUAGUCUUUACUUAAUGUGAAAUAAGUGUAAUUUGCUAGUAAGAUCCUGGAAUAUGAAGUUUGUGAGGAUCAAAACGUGACAACUUGUUCUAAGUGACAAACUGGUGGUUUGUAAGAGUGUGAUGCUGAAGGCCGCAACCAGGUGACACUAUACACAGGUGGUUUGGUAGAGUCUGGUGGUGAGGGCGGCACCGUGGUGAAACUAUGGGGAUUUGCCAGUGUUGUGAGGCUCCUGUGCAGGACAACAUCUCCCUACAGAGUGUUGACAGUGAUGUGAUGUUUGGGCCAAUGAAAUUGAAACAGAAGACGAUGUCGGUGCUGCUGGUGUUUACCCAGGAGGACUACCAGAGUGACGGGUUCUGGUGGGCAGCAGAGAAGGGCGGAUACAAAUGUAACAUUGCCCGAAACCCAGAGAGCGCUCUCGAGUGCUUCCUAUCGAAACACCACGAUGUUGUUAUCAUCGACCAUAGAAACAAUAAAUCCUUUGACGCAGAGACACUCUGCAGGUCAAUACGAGCCACAAAGGCCAGUGAACAUGCUGUGAUAGUUGCUGUCACCAAAAAACAUGCCCACUCUGACAAGGAAGAGCCAUCAAUACUGCCAUUGUUGAAGGUCGGAUUUAACAGGAGGUUUGUUGAGAACUCCAAUGUUGGGGCAUGUUUAAACGAGCUGGUGCAGAUGGAGCAUGGCGAGGUGUUGUCACGGCACAAGUUGCGCAUGUGUAACGCAAUGUUCAGCGCAUUGGACUGUGUCACAGACUCAGUGGAGAUCUCAAAUCAGGACCAUGAAAUACAGUAUGUGAACUCUGCAUACGAGAGGCUCACGGGUUACAUGAUGGAUGAGGUUGUGGGGAAGGACUCCCGGGACCUGCGCAGUGACCGCAACAAGCCGGACGUCCAUGACAGCAUCAGCGGACAGCUGAAGAAGGGCAAGAAAUGGGAGGGUACAUAUUACACAAGAAGGAAAAGUGGCGACGCGUUUCCCCAGCACUGUAAAAUAUGUCCUGUGGUAGGACCUGGAGGGAAGCCAUCUCACUAUGUGAGUGUUCGCAGUUUGCACCUCGAUACCUCAAACUACUAUGACAAGCUAUUGAAGGACCCAGACUACUUGUCACAAAUUGCCAAUGGCAGUAUACAUGGUGUUCCCAGACGGAAAGAGUCAUUUGCCCGAAUUCACUCAAUGACCAUAGAAGCACCCAUCACUAAAGUCAUAAACAUUAUUAACACUGCCCAAGAAAGUAGUCCACUAACAGUAGUUCAAGCUUUAGACAAAGUCCUAGAGAUUCUUCGCACUAGUGAGCUUUACUCGCCUUACUUUGCACAAGAAAUGAAGGGCGGGGAUCCGAUGACCAGCGAUUACCUCGGAGGACUCGUCUCACAAGAUGCAGUGCGGAGCUUGAAGGAGGGGGAUCAACCACACAGAGCUUCAGUGAUGAGAUCAGGAAGCAUGCUCAUGUUUGUUCACCAGUCUCAGUACCACCCCCACACCCAUAUGACCAGCCAGCUGAUCCCAGACAACAUCAACAACCUGCUUGUCAAGGAACACUGCUGGGACUUUGACAUCAUCGAGCUCGAACGUGUCACUAACAAAAGGCCGCUCGUAUACCUUGCCUUGCGGACGAUGGCAAGGUUUGAUGUGUGUGGCUUCCUGAACGUGUCGGAGACGUGCCUGGCCAACUGGCUCCAGGUGAUAGAGGCCAGCUACCACCCCACCAACACCUACCACAACUCCACACAUGCCGCAGACGUCCUCAACAGCACCGCUUUCUUCCUACAACGAGACAAAAUAAAGCAACUGUUUGACCCAGUUGAUGAGGUUGCAUCGCUGAUAGCUGCGGCAGUUCACGACCUUGAUCAUCCAGGGAAGAGCAACGCUUUCCUUAUCAACUCCCACAGCGAACUCUCCGUCCUAUAUAAUGAUAUUGCUGUUCUGGAGAACCACCAUGCUGCUCUCACGUUUAAACUCACUGCACGAGACCAGUCUGUUAACAUCUUUAAAAAUCUUGACAGGGAAACUUUUAGAGUGUUACGACAAAACAUCAUUGACAUGGUUUUAGCUACAGAAAUGAUGAAGCAUUUUGAACACCUCAACAAGUUUGUCAACAGUGUUGUGAAACUGACACAAAAGGCUGAAGAAACGUCAUCACUGAGUGGGACAGGUUCUCCAGACAGUGCAGCCAUCUUGAACCAAGUCUCCACUGCAGAGAACAAGACACUCAUCAAGCGUAUGUUGAUCAAGUGUGCAGAUGUAUCAAACCCUUGUCGGCCCAAACACCUGUGUGUGGAGUGGGCUCGCAGAAUUGCAGAGGAGUAUUUCGAACAGACUGAUGAGGAGAAGCGCCUGGGGUUGCCAGUGGUGAUGCCUGUGUUUGACAGGAAGACGUGUAGCCUGCCCAAGUCCCAGACCUCCUUCAUUGACUUCUUCAUCAAGGACAUGUUUGACAACUGGGACUAUUUCUGUGAUAUACCUGACCUGAAGGGUUACCUAGAGAGUAACUAUGACUUCUGGGUCUCGGAGGAGGAGAGCCCGACCCAGGACUACGACAUGUCCACACCCAGACCACCUCAAUCAACACAAGACACUAACAGAAGUAGUGACAAACUAACAACAGACAGUAAAAAAACUAGCUCUGGGGACAACACUUGAGUCUGGAAACUUUAGUUUUAGUCUUAGCUUGUCACAUAAUUGAUCAUGUGACACUUACUAUGGUCAUGUGAUCUCUGUGUUGUCUGCCCCCUUUAAUGCAACAGUUUGGAUUUUAUAGUGAUAGACCAAGUGUUGCCAUGGAGAUGGAAACAUGGGAAGGGAUGUAAAUGUUAUGUGAUAGAGGAUAUUGGCAGGAGGAGGUGGAGGGAAGGUGGCGGAUCCUGUGUGGACUCCGUUAGUCUCAGGGCAGUGAAUGUGGUCAUCUUUACCCAUGUUAUGUUCAUAUUUACAAUGGUACAGCCUAGUACAUCUGUUAUUAAUGUCAUUGAACUGCUGUGCUCAUUAUACACACAAAUUAUUAUCAUAAUUGCACAUAGAACUGUUGACAUACUGUGGCAUAUUGUAUUACAUUAUUAUGUUUUAUAUUACAUUUUAUAAUAUAAUAUAUUUAAGGUGCAUGUUGAUAUUUAUCUGUGUUACUUUGUUAAGUAUUAUACUAAAAGAAUGAUUUUUGUGUCUAUUUAAUGAUUGUUUUUAUUAUCCUAGAUUGUGCUGUGCAGGCCACCUUGUUGGUUUUCUAGUAUUUACAACAGCAAACAAUAACACAAACAAACAAGUGGCCUAAACUUUUAAUGGUUUAGAGAAGGCAUUUUAAUAAGUAGUUCUUUUUUCACAACAGUGGUGUUAGUAGGGCAAAAAGUGAAGUAGAUUUAACAUACUUUUCCAUUGCUCAUUUACUGAGGGCGUCUGUAUUGCCAGUAUUUGCUUAUAUGAAAGCUUAAGAGUGAUAAUCCCUCGUCUGUUUUGAAGGUUGAUCUUUCAAGCUGUUCAUGAAAAUCAAAUGGCACGUUGACUUCUUAAAAGAUCAGUUAUUUCAGGGACAUGUUAUCACUUCGAAAGUACCUAGAUAUUAAAAUGAUUUUCGAUGGAUUGUUAUCUUUAUAUACUGGUAAAAUACUGGGUUUACUUCCCCAGACUCUGAAGAAUGCUGAUAUUAAGUGAUAAAACCCCCUCUUCAGAUGGGAGGAUGGGCCUUGUCAUCCCUUUUCUGACCGGAACUGACAAGGCUUUGAUAGAUUGCUCAUGUCUACAAAAAUGGUGUAUACUGCUUAAAACAAUCUUAAGUGCAUUCAUUAAGCUACCAUGCUUCUACCAUUAUAUGAUUUCACCAGACACAGUGCUUCUACCAUUAUAUACUGUCACCAGCCACACUGCUUCUGCCGUUAUCAACUGUCACUCUCGGCGAACUGACAGUCAUCUAAACUGCUGAUUGCUGGCCUGUAUGAGACAACUGGGCCAGUAUUCAUAAAACAUGUUUGAAGUCAUUUCCUAACCUAUGGUAUCUAAAGGUUGUUUUCACAUAAAAAUGUGUUUAUAUUAAAGAAAGUCAAUGUUAACAAAGUCAAUUAGAAAUUCCACAGGGGGCAGAAGCUAAUUAUUUUAAUUUCAUAUUCUAUAUAUAUAAAUGUAUACUGUGUAUAUUGUAUAAAAGGCUAGAAAAUAUAAAAUAGUGUGUUUUUGCCCCUGUGAAUAUAAUUAAGGUAAAAAAAAAAGGAUGUUAAGAUUUUUUAUGACUACCAGCCCGAAAUAUCCUCAGUAUCUUAAACUUUCAUGUGAAAUAUUUCAUCGGAAGGUUUGCUCACUCUCAUCUCACUCGUGUAAUAACCAAGUAUUCAUUCAUGUUAACUUAUUGCAUACAUGCCAUAUCCCCCGGCGGGGGGGGGGGGAAAUCCCCCGAAAUUUUGAUCCAUCCCCCGACGGGAGAUAAAAAUCCCCCGGAAUUUAAAAAAAAAAAAAAAAAAAUAUUUUUUUUUUUUUUUUUAGAAAUUUUACAUCAGGCAAUAAUGACAAAGUGAAACCACAGUAUGUGAGUGUAACGAAAUGUACAAAUCCACAAGGGUGAAAUGCCAAAAGGAAACUUUAACAACAAGUGAUCAAUUACUUUGUAGUAAUUAUCAAAGGCAAAGAAAUAUUACUAUUUUGGAAGGAAGAAAUUAAUAAUAUUAAUUCUAUUCUCUUAUUGUCUGAAGGUCAUCAAAGCUGAUAGAAUUAAGCACAAUUUUUUAAAAGGCUUUGGAGGAAAGUAAAUUUAAUUUAAUUGUCUCGAAAACAUAUUUUUCCAAUGACAUAUUUUGUUCUGCAAGUGCAUUACAGUAUGACAUGACAGUGUGUCAUAAGAAUAUGAUAAAUCAUGACAUAAAAUAAUUCUGUAUAAUGAAAAAGUUAGGAGGUUUUUAAAGCAAACUAUAUGUGAAUACAUUUUUUCGUACUUGCGUCUAAAAAUACUUAAAUAUUUCGCCAACUUAGACCUGCUAAAAACAUCCCCCUGAAUACAACCAAAAUCCCCCUAAAUUUUCAGCCUUUUGAACAAAUCCCCCUGAAUGGUCUCCAGAAAAUAUGGCAUGUAUGACUUAUUGUCAACUUUAGAAGGAAAAAGAAAUUCAUGUGUUCUCUGAUGAAGUUUUAUCUGUACUUGUUGUAUACAAAUAUAUAAAGAAAAACUUUGUAACAGUACUUCAAGCUCAUUUAUCCAUAAAUAGAAAUAGAAAUGAAAUAAUGAUUUAACCCUUUUGGCAGAUUUACACAUUGUGAGAAUAUUUAUUUGGUAGGAAUUGGGUUUGAAGUGAUACAUAUCUGUGGCUCAAUAGGGCUAUGAAAUAUGAAUGGCUUAACUUUUUGUAUUAUUUUUGUUUGUUUAAAUGUAUUUCAUGAUAAUUGGUUAAUACAAUUCUGUUUUGAGGAUUUAUUCUUACAUUGAUGAAAAAUGUAUAGCAGGUAUAAUUCCUACAGUAGGGCAGUACCUCCUAAGUGUAACUUUCCACUGUGUUCUGACGCCCACUUUGUUCUUCCUCACUGACUGUCCCAAGGACAUUUGAGGUUCAGUAUUCUCCCAUCAACCUUUAUUUCCAAGGACAUAACAUUAUAAUGGCUCCUCAUAAGGACAUAACAUUAUAAUGGCUCCUCAUAAGGACAUAACAUUAUAAUGGCUCCUCAUAAGGACAUAACAUUAUAAUGGCUCCUCAUAAGGACAUACAUGUACCAUUAUAAUGGCUCCUCAUAAGGACAUAACAUUAUAAUGGCUCCUCAUAAGGACAUACAUGUACCAUUAUAAUGGCUCCUCAUAAGGACAUAACAUUAUAAUGGCUCCUCAUAAGGACAUACCAUUAUAAUGGCUCCUCAUAAGGACAUAACAUUAUAAUGGCUCCUCAUAAGGACAUAACAUUAUAAUGGUUCCUCACUACCAUUGUCACUGGCGUUCAAGUAUAUUUAUUACAAUUGUUAUUUCGUAGUUAUUCUCUGUUUUUGUCAGUUGUUCCAUAUGAUUUUAUUGUAUUAUUAUACCAUAUUAAACACAAGUAUAAUCACUAUGUUUAAAAGCCUAUAAUCCUUUGUUAUACGAGUCACUGGCAAUGGUUGAAAUAUUGUUGCCUGUGUAUUGUUUUGUGUAUUAUCUUGUUAUACAUUCAAUUUUAUCAUAACAUGGUGUGGAGAAAGGGCUUCAUGUGUUCUAUAUAAGAUAGUGUGGAGACAAGGCUUCAUAUAUUCUAUACAAAAUAGUUUGGAGGAAUAGUUUUGUGUGUUCUAUAUAAGAUACUGCGGAGAAAAAGCUUUAUCUAUUCUAUAUAAGAUAGCUUGAAAGAAGAGCUUCAUCUGUUCUAUAUAAGAUAGGGUGGAAAAAAAGCUUCAUCUGUUGUAUAUAAGGUAGCGUAAAAGAAAAGCUCCAUCUGUUCAGUAUUGCAAACACAAAAAUACAUAAUUCCUAUUUUUUAAGUAAUUGCACAAUUCCUAGGAAAGCACAAUAGUUAUUUGAAAUGUCCUUGGUUAAGUUUGAGACAUGAAAGCCCUUUUUUCACAACAACCUUGUUUGUUAUUUGUCCAUCACAGGAAAACACAGUCAUGUUCUGCAGAUUGCAAAUAUGUGUCUCAUUCAAGUGAAGCACAAAAUGUAGGCCCUUAAAGCGAUUCACUUACUAGUAAAAGAUUAAAAUUGAAAUUUUUAUUUUUACUGUAUGCUAUUCUUCAGUACUGUUUUGAAGUGUCUAAAUAAUUUAUUGAAAAAUAAAAAUUCAAAUUAGUAAUCAGGUCUCCCCCAAUAAAAUUUGUUUAUGCUCAAGCUGUCUGUCCACUCCAUAAUUCUUGAACCGCUUGAAGGAUUUCAAAAUAACAGGCCACCUUUGACUACCAUAUGGAGACGAUGUGCAGAGCACGUGCAGAGCACAUGUUACAGCCAGCUGUGUUCAAGAUCAUGGUCACACUUAGAGGUCAAAGGUCAUAUGAUUUCAAUUUGUGUCUGCUCCAUAUCUCUUGGGAUGAUUUUAAAAUAAAUAUCCACAAAAAUUAACCAUAUUCAGGCAAAGUGCGGAGUGCAUGUAACAACCAGCUAGGUUCAAGGUGAAGGUCACACUUUCGGUCAAAGGUCAUAUGACUCUUAUAUGACUAUUUUUCUUGUCCGCUCCAUAUGUCUCGAACCCCUUGAAGGAUUUUGAUAUAACUCACCCCAAAUGUUCCCCAUAUUAAGACGAUGUGCAGAGUGCAUGUUUCAACAAGCUUAUUUCAAGGUAAAGGUCACACAUAGAAAUCAAAGUUCAUAUGAAUUUAAAAUGACUGAUAUUCGUAUCGGCUCCAUAUUUUGAACCCCUUGAAGGAUUUUGUCACUAAUUGCCACAAAUGUUCACCAUAUUAAGACAAAUUGAAGCGCAUGUGUCAGCCAGCUUGGUUCAGGGUCAAGUUCUGACUUAGAGGUCAAAGGUCACAUGAAUUCAAUUUGUGUCUACUUCAUAUCUCUUUAACCCAUUGAAGGAUUUUGAAAUAACUCCAAAAAUGUUCCCCAGAUUGAGAUGAUGUGCAGAGCGCAUGUUACAACCAACUCAGUUUAAGAUCAAACUUUGAGGUCAAAGGUCAUAUGUCACACUUUAAGGUCAAAGGUCAUAUGAAUAUAAUAUGACUUUUUCGUGUUUGCUCCCUUGAAUGAUUUUGAAAUAACUCCCUACAAAUUUCUCAAUGUCAAAUGUCAUGGAACUCAUACAACCACAGGGGGAGACAUCUGUUUUUGAUUAAAAAAGUGUUGAUAAAACAAAUUGACUUGUAAUUUGAGUGGGCUCUCACAAUUUGCAGAACUACUGUUCCAGUACUUGCAGUGCAUAAAAUGUUAAUGUUUACUGAUAUUGCUGUGUAGUACCUGCAGUGGACAAAAUGUAAAAGUUUACUGAUAUUGCUGUGUUAGAUGACCUAGAUAAUUUAAGGAAAUAUUGUUGUGAAUUUUUUCAAUGUGAAGUAAUUGAAUAAAUAUAAUGGAUAUACAAA